AGCGAGGGAAUUCUGGCGAUUCCAAACACCUCCCGGCCUUUCCUUUCGGGCCUUCCCCCGCCUCCCGUUACCUCCGGGGUCUCGCCCGGGGAGCGGCUCCGCUUAUUGCCGCCUGCCGCGAAAAAGGAGAGCAGCGUCUUCUGUCCGAUCAUGGUGGCUCCGUUCAGAGGCGGAAUCCGGCGCUGCAGCUCUGGAGGAGCCCGGCUCAGUCGGGCGUGGGAGGCGAGGAAGAGGAUCCGCGGCCGCCGCAGCCCCUGCUUGUCUCUCCUCACGGCGGCACCCGCUUUCUUUCCCUCAGCAUCCCAAAACUGGCGCCAAAAUGAACGCGCAUGCGCAGGACUGGGGGUGGAUUUUACCUGAGGGGGUUGGUUCGCGCAUGCGUACCUUAGCCAGGGAAAAAACUAAGGGGAAAAUGUGAGCUUCCUGCACAUGCGCAUUGUGGCAUUUGGGAUCCCUUAUUGCUCUUGAGCACGGAAGCGCCUUUGAUCUCGCGCCUGUCUACCUUUUUGUCCCACCUGGCGAAGCAAAUAGGGUUUCUCCUUCCUUGUUUUGUAAUAGAGAGCCCUCCAACACCUGUCACCUGUGCGCGUAGUUUUGUCUGAUGCUUUUGGAAGCCAUCUAAGCCGCCCCCACACGUGUCUCGUGCGCUCUUGAGUGGAGCAGUCAGCCCUGUCUCAUUUUUCCAAGCUUUCUACAAAUCCACAUAAAAACCGGGUGGUUGAAAAUAUAUUGUGGGAAGCAGCGCUCUGUUGCUUCCUAUUCCGUUGGCUCUUGGGGAACCCCCUGCAGGAUCCCAGGCAAUGCCUAAUGCAGGUCUGUUGAAUGCAGUCUGAUUCUUCCUUCCCCACACUCAGCCUGGCACGUGGCAACUGGCAAUGGAUAAAUUCCUAGUCCGGGGAACUCCUAAGCUCACUUCGGAGAAGAGACAGCAUCAGCCGGAAGAGGGCGAUGGAGACUGUACUGAAGACAAGGAUGGGACGGAGGAGGAGAGGCCCAGGCGGCCAGUGGCCCUCCCAGAUGAGCCCCACAAGAGGCGGGCCACCCCUUGGAGGGAAAUUCGGGCCCAGGGACUGAACUGCAGCUACACCAUCCUUUUUGGCAAAAAUGAGGCCGACAGGCUCUUCCAAGAACUGGAAAAGGAAAUCGAAUAUUUUGAAGGGGAGUUUACCAAACUGCAGGUCUUUGGCAAGUGGCACAGCAUCCCAAGGAAGCAGGUGACCUACGGUGACUCUGGGUUGACCUACACUUACUCGGGUGUCACCUUCUCUCCCAAACCAUGGAUUCCAGUUCUUGAGCACAUCAGGGACAAGAUCCAGCUGACCACGGGCCACACCUUCAACUUUGUUCUUAUUAACAGAUACAAAGAUGGCCACGAUCACAUUGGAGAGCACAGGGAUGAUGAACAAGAGCUGGUCCCUCGCAGCCCUAUUGCUUCAGUCUCUUUGGGGGCCUGCAGGGACUUUGUCUUCCGGCACGGGGCUUCCCGCGGCAAAAGAACCUCAUGCCACAUCGAGCCCAUCAGGCUGCAGUUGGAACAUGGCAGCUUGUUGAUGAUGAACUUCCCAACCAACCGCUACUGGUACCACAGCUUGCCCAUCCGCAAGAAAACCGUGGCUCCGAGAAUCAACCUGACGUUUCGGAAAUUGAUGGCUCUCUAGUACAAUGGUUAGCGUCCAGCUUCCACGUGGCCUGAAGCAGGUACCCUCUUUGAAAAUGGCCGAUGGCCUUCUCAGUCAUUGCAACAAAGGCAGCACAAAGUGAGGACUGCACCAUACCAGAAAGUUUCUCUAAGGCGGUGGUUUUGAGCAAGGAAGCUACUGGAACUUAAGAGCUUGGCUGAAGCCUUGAUUUUGGUUAUCACUACAAUGGUCAUGUUGCCCAGACCGGUGUUCCAGCACCAUUUUCACCCAAGUUUGAGGGCAAUGCUUGUCUUGUAUUCUUUAGCUAAUGUGCCCUCAUUGGUCUGGACAGCUUCUUCUCGUCGUGUUGCAACUGCAGACAAAGGAAAGGGGUGUGCCUUGCCCUAGCUAUGCCUCCCCUCUGAAAUGAGAACAGAACAUGUUAGGAGCAUGUUCUUCAGCGGCUGUCCUUCCACCCAGAAGAAUUGACACAGUCAUCUGUGCCUGAUGCAGGGAUGGCUUCUCUUUGGUCUCUCAUUGCAGCUGGAAGCCCCCUUUCCAGAUGUGUCACUGCUCCCUGCUUUUGAGCAAAUCCUAUUUCCCCCUUCUAUUCUGGAGCCAGUAUUAGACAUCUUACUACCAUAUCCGUAAUCAUAAUAAGGCCUAUCAAGUACAAUCAUCGUGUUCUACGGAUAGCUGAGGCUCAAGGCAAACUUCCAUCUCUUAACCUUCAAGAGGUAAACCUGAAUGUGAGUUUAGGGGCUUCAACUGAAGUGUAUGCACAAUCUCUGUCAAAGUAACAGGAUUUGUAGAGUUUGGGAAUAAUAUAAAACAAGCUCCAAACCUGUUUGCAAUAGUGUCAGAAGGGGGAUGGAUAUUUUCUCAGCAGCAAGCCAAGCUUUUCUGAGAAACACUGUCUCUAGCCUGCAAUUGUUAUUUUAGUUCACCUUCUCUUUAAAAUGCUUUCUCAAUAAAAAAAAAAUUAGUCUGACAGAAA